AUGGCUUCCGCGGAUGAGCUCAAGGCUCUGGGUAACAAGGCCAUUGCCGAGAAGAACUUCGACGAGGCUGUCGAAAAGUUCACUGAGGCUAUUGCCAUUCAGCCCGAAAACCACAUUCUUUACAGCAACCGAUCUGCUGCUUACGCCUCGAAGAAGGACUGGGAACAUGCCCUGAAGGAUGCCGAGAAGACCACAGAGAUCAAGCCCGACUGGGCCAAGGGUUGGGGACGCAAGGGUGCUGCUUUGCACGGACAGGGCGACCUCUUGGGCGCGAACGAUGCCUACGAGGAGGGAUUGAAGCAUGAUGCCAACAAUGCCCAGCUCAAGAGUGGUCUGGCUUCAGUCAAGAAGGCUAUGGACGCCGAAGUUGGCGGACCUCAAGACCCAAGCGGUGGCCUCGGCCAGAUGUUCAACGACCCUCAGAUGAUGCAGAAGCUUGCUUCAAACCCCAAGACCAGCGGCUUCCUCGCCGACCCCUCCUUCAUGGCCAAGCUACAAUCGAUGAAGGACAACCCUUCAAACGCUGCCGACAUCUUCAGCGACCCCCGUUUGUUGACUGUCAUGGGUGUCUUGAUGGGUGUUGAUCUGGAGAUGCGCGAGCGUGAGGUCGACCCCAACGCCCCUGAUAUCCAGGAUACUGCCAUGCCCGAUGCGCCGCCACCUGCCCCUAAGCAGGCUCCUAAGCAGCCCGAGCCCAAGAAGGCCCCUACGCCCGAGCCUGAGCCCGAGGACGAAGAGGCUAUCGAGAAAAAGAAGAAGAAGGAGGAGGCCGACAAGGAGAAGGCUCUGGGUACCGAGAACUACAAGAAGCGAAACUUUGACGAGGCUAUUGCACACUACACUAAGGCCUGGGAGACCUACAAGGAUAUCACCUACCUGAACAACCUGGGAGCUGCUUAUUUCGAGAAGGGAGACUACGACCAGGCCAUUGAGGCUUGCACCAAGGCUGUUGAGGAGGGACGUGAGAUCUAUGCCGACUUCAAGCUCAUUGCCAAGAGUUACGCCCGUAUUGGUACAUGUUAUGACCGCAAGGGAGACUUCGAGAAGGCUGUUGAGAACUACAACCGAUCUCUGACUGAGCACCGAACUCCCGACGUCCUCAACAAGCUCCGUGCUGCUGAGCGUCAGAAGACAGAGUCUGACAGAAAGGCUUAUAUCGACCCUGCCAAGGCUGAGGAGGCACGUGAGGAGGGUAACAAGAAGUUCAAGGAGAUGGACUUCCCUGGUGCCGUUGCCGCCUACACAGAGAUGACCAAGCGAGCCCCCGAGGACCCUCGUGGUUACAGCAACCGAGCUGCGGCCUUUGUCAAGCUCUUCGAGUUCCCCAGUGCUCUCGAGGACUGUGACAUUGCUAUUAAGAAGGACCCUACCUUCAUCCGAGCAUACAUCCGCAAGGCCCAGGCCUACUUCGGCAUGCGCAAGUACUCAGAGUGUGUUGAUGCCUGCACCGAGGCCCAGCAUAUCGACCAGGAGCACCACAAUGGUGCCAACGCUCGUGAGAUUGAGCAACAGCAGCAAAAGGCUUUGUCGGCUAUGUACUCUGCCCGUGAUAACGAGACUGAAGAGCAGACCCGAGAACGCCUGACAAAGGACCCCGAAAUUAUGGGCCUCAUGCAAGACCCCGUAAUGCAGUCGAUCCUCCAGCAAGCUCAGUCGGAGCCCGCUGCUCUCCAGGAGCACAUGAAGAACCCUGGCGUGCGGUCCAAGAUCCAGAAGCUGAUCGCUGCCGGUGUGAUCCGUGUUGGUCGGUAA